CAAGCAAACUUACACAACAAAGACAACAAUCUUCCUUUUUUCCUUUUUGUCUAUUUCCUUAUUUUCCUUUGUACUCUUUUUGGGUUUCUGGGUUUUCCUCUCUCUCUAAAGUCCAUCACGAAAUCUUCACGCAACGACCAUUCUCUCAAACGAUCAACGAUCUUCGUCUUUAUUACACCCUUUCCUUUAAAAAAAAAAACCGACCUCUCGCCUCUUCUCAAGGCGGGACCUUUGAAAGACACAAUAGCUUCUCCAUCCAUCCCCUUCUACUCCAAGAACCUCCCCCUGCGCACCGCCGGAUCGUCGCGCCCUCGUCUCUCCCUCUACACGCCCGCUACACGAAAGUCCAAGAUGCAGCCCAUGCCCGCCCUCGGCGCCCUCGGGCACACAUGGACUGCCAUGCGAGCCAUGGAGUUCAUCUCGCUCAUCACCAUCAUCGGUCUCACCUCCAACUUCAUCUCUGAGAUGGUUGCUGCCGACUAUGCUGCCCCGUCGGCCCUGAUUGGCACACUGGUUGUUGCCUGCAUCUCUACCCUCUACAUCGCCAUCUCUUACAUCCUGUACUGGGACGGCAUGCUCCCCCUCCUCCUCGCCACAGGCGCCGACCUGUGCCUCCUCAUCGCCUGCAUCGUCGUGGCCUGCACAGUCGGCAAGCCCGUCAGCUACCUCUCCUGCCCCAAGUUCCCUUCAGACGGCAACACGGCCAACUUUGUCAACUCGCUCUUCCACAACGUCUACCACUCCCAGAGCAACACCUUCCGCUGGGUAGACGCCGACAAGGCCUCGUGCUAUCAAAUCAAGUCCAUCUGGGGCCUCAGCAUCGCCCUGUGCGUGCUGUUUGCCUUUUCCGCCAUCACCUCUGGAUGCCUGUGGAAGCGAACCAAGGGCGCCUCCCGCCCCGCUCCCAAGGACAUUGAGGGCUGA